AUGAACCUGGCAGGGUCUGCGCCGCUCUCUGGCGGUACCAGCAGCCAAGGGCAUGUGCUAGCACCUCCUUUCGAGCACACCCCAGUCACUGCUGCCUUGACGUCGGCGAAGCCGUCCGUCAAAGGCAAAAAAGAAGAGAGUGGAGAGUCUGCCACCGGCAGCGACGACAACAAAAAACACAAGAAGCGCGGCUUGUUUGGCUUUGGCAAGAAAAAGGGCGACGAAACAUCUGCCACGUCUCUAUCAGUUCCAUCCGCGUCCGCGGCUGCAUCUGCAUCUGCGGGUACCUCGACAACAACAAUGUCAGGCCAAACAACGCUAAACAUAAACGCCAGCGCUGCAACGGGUUCGGUAGUUCCUCCUCAAACCCCCGGGGGCCCAUCGGCGCUCCUACGGAAGCCAUCGUCGCCCUUCCAGGCGGAGAAUUAUAUGGGUGCCAGUAUCGCCAGUAUGGGCAGUACUAGCGGUGGCUCUUUUGGCCAUGGGUACUACGUGCUGCCGACCUCGCCCGGCCGGACUGCGGCAGGGUUGUCCUCGUCACCGCGAGUGUCGUCACCGGCGGGGUCGCAAAUUUUUGAGCGUGACGUGCAAGAGAGCGCGCUGCUGGUACCAAACUCGCCUGCCAUCCCGUCGCACAUCACAACUGAGGACCGCAUCCCGUCUGUGUUGGAUGCAUCGUCCGAAGUCAUCACGGACGACCACCUAGACCCAGACUCGGUGGAGAUCAUCACACACGCUCACCACCAGCCGGCGGUGAUGGCUGUGGCUGGCAUGGGCAACGCGGCCCCAGUUGCGUCCAGCGCGGCUAGCGGCGUCAGCACGGGGGCUUGGGUCGACGACGUGGCCAGUAGCUUCGUCGACAAGGAUGACAGCGCGUCCAACUACGGCUCAUUUGACGCCACGGACAUACGCCGGCUGAGCUUCAUCUCCUUGACGACGCUGAGCACUGCCGUCAACCGGUCGCCGUCGCCAAUGCGAUCCCCGACAGCGACGGCGACGAGCCCGCCGACGAGCAAGAGCGGGUCGAUCAAGGGCCUUGAGCUGUCACCGCCGAGCCGCAAGGCGACGAUGGGAUCGACAUACUCGUCGGCGGUGGGGUCGCCCACGAUGUCGGCAGUUGGCAGCACCGGUAGCAACGCGCUGCUCGGCGGGGAGCUGGCUAUCGAGACGAUGACCCAGGCGCUGCGACGUACAGGUAGCGGGGAUCUGAGCGGAGUGCGGAGCUUGCCGCAGAGCCCGAUCGAAGGCACGUGGCGCUAG